CACACGAGAAUGCGUCGUAGUGCACUUAGUCAGGCCGCGCUAGCACUGCGAGGGUGGACGCCGCGGGGCCUGCACGACCUGUCAGACGUGUUUUAAUUAGAGGUCGUAGAUCUGCAAAAUGAACGAUUUCGGUUACGGAAAACGGAGAGUGAACAACGACCGGCGCGGUAACGCACGAGAUGAACAGGACGAGAUGGAGAAUCGAAGCAGAAACCAAGACGGGAAGUCUGCGACUUUUAAACGGAUGGAUAGCAUUCAGGAUCCAGGGAAGAGAUAUGCGUUGAAGGAUCGCAUCGGUAUCGGCGUAUGUGGCGAGGUUUACGAAGGAAUCGAUCAGCAGGCUGGAAAUAAGAAGGUUGCCAUUAAGAUCCAAAGACUCAUGCCGGAAACACAGGCCUUGAUCGUGGAGGAAUAUCGUAUUCUUCGUGAUUUCGCUGGCCAUCCAAACCUGCCGGAGUUUUAUGGGAUAUAUCGCAAACGGUCUCCGAAGAAGUCCAACUACGACGAGAUAUGGUUCGUCAUGGAGUUGUGCGAGGGUGGAACGGUCAUCGAUCUGGCGCGCGGGAUGAUCGCGAGUGACAGAAGAAUGCGAGAGGAGCACAUCGCCUUCAUCUUGAGGGAAGUGAUCAAGGCUCUGAUCCACCUGCACGAGCACAACGUCGUCCACAGAGACAUCCGCGGCAGCAACAUCAUUUUGACGAAGGAAGGCGAGGUGAAGUUGAUAGACUUCGGGCUCUCCAAGCUGAUGAAGAGCGAGCAGGAGAAGCGACGCACGUGCUUAGGAUCGCCAUCGUGGAUGGCGCCGGAAGUCGUCGCCAGCAAGGGCAACCGGACCGACGAUGGAUACGACAGCCGGAUCGACGUAUGGGCGAUCGGCAUUACGGCGAUAGAACUGGCCGACGGCAAGGCACCCUUCCAGAACAUGCACCCGACGCGAGCCCUCUUCCAGAUCGUCCGGAAUCCACCGCCGACACUCUAUCGGCCUGCCAACUGGUCGGGGAAUCUCAACGACUUUAUUAUGGAAUGCCUCGAGAAGAAUCCCGACAACAGACCGUACAUGAUGGAGAUCAUCGAGCAUCCCUUCUUGUCGGAACUGCCCGAGAAUGAUUACCCGCUGACGCAAGAAAUCAAGACACUGGCAAUGGACGUCAUAGAGAAGGGCAAGGAAGAAAGGAAAACAGAAUCUAUAGUUCAUAAAGGCUUCUUAAAGACUCGUCAGGACGAGCCACCGGAGCAAAUGCUCACGGAAGAUCUUGCGGCGCUCGACGUCCUGACCGAAGACGUCAUCCUGGACGAACUUCGCGAGAGACUGCAGCGGGCCGAAUACCACACGUUCGUCGGCGAUAUUCUACUGAUACUCAAUCCGAACGAGCAACAUGGUAUCUAUGAUGUUCAUCAUCACGCCAAGUAUCAAUGCAAAUCGCGAUCGGACAAUGCUCCGCAUAUUUAUUCCGUGGCGGACAGCGCAUUUCAGGAUGUGAUGCAUAACGAGGAACCGCAGCACAUUUUGUUAGCCGGCGAGAGCAACUCCGGGAAAACAACGAAUAUGCUGCAUCUAGUGGAGCAUCUCGCGUUCCUUGGGAAAGGCAUGCAUAACGUCGGGAUGAGAGUGAUGCGGUCUAUAAAAAUAAUUCACGCGUUUACAAACGCGUCGACACUGCUGAACGCCGACUCCACCAGAUGCAUCUUGCAAGUGCAGAUGACUUUCGGCUCGACUAGCAAAACGUCAGGCGCGAUAUUCUGGCCGUAUCAGUUGGAAAAGUGGCGUGUCUCCACCCGCGACAGGAAUCAGUCAAAUUUCCACGCCUUUUACUAUCUCUACGACGGCCUCGAGGCAUCAGGAAGAUUAAAAAAAUAUUACCUACCAAGCGGAAGGAGACUUCGGUAUCUCCGAAUAACCGACAAGAGCGCCGAGAGGAAACGCGCGUUCAAAGUACGACACGAUCCGCACAACAACGUGCUCGAAUUCGAGAAGCUCACGGAGGGUCUCAAAUAUAUGGAUAUGGAGGAGUAUUGUGAGACAAUUUGGAGAACCCUCGCGGCCAUCCUGCUUCUCGGAGAGAUUCGAUUUGUCGAGGGCAACAACGGGGAAGCUGAAUUGGAGAACAACGAAGCCGCUAACAAUGUUGCGCAACUUCUUGGCUUGGAUUCGAAGAAAUUUAUCUGGGCUCUCGUGAAUUAUUGCUUGAUCGUCAAGGGUUCGGCGAUGCGCAGGAAACACACUUGCGAAGAAGCGAAAGAAGCACGGGACGUCUUGGCGAAUACUCUUUACCAGCGUUUGGUGGACUGGAUAAUCAAUAACAUCAACUAUAAACUGACGAUGACUCGCAGUCUUUAUGGCGAUAAAUAUUCCAUCAGCGUUCUCGAUCUCUUCGGCUUCGAGUGUUUCUCGAUAAAUCGAGUGGAGCAGCUGGUGGUGAAUACGAUGAACGAGCAAAUGCAAUACCAUUACAAUCAAAGAGUAUUCGCCUGGGAAAUGCAAGAGCAGGAAGAGGAAGAGAUACCUGUGCAACGCUUGCGCUUCUACGACAACAAGGAAGCGAUCGAUCAGUUGAUGAACAAGACGAACGGCCUCUUUCACAUCAUCGACGACGCUUCGCGGCAAAUGCAGGACGCUCAGUACAUCCUCGAGAGGAUCAAAGAGCGUAAGCGCGGAACUUACGUGAAACCGGUGAGCUCGCACGAGUUCACCGUCGCCCAUUACACCGGGAAACUGAUAUACGACGCCAAUGAGAUCGCCGGCAAAAAUCGAGACUUCCUACCGCCGGAGAUGGUCGGCACAAUGAGGUUCUCGUCGUACGACGCGGUCAAGCAGAUGUUCACCAACAAGCUGACCAAGUCAGGCAACCUGACGAUCAUCCAGGGAAAUUCCGUCGCGGCAGAAACGGAGAAAACGUCGAAGAGCAAGUGGGGCGCUCUCAUGCAGGAAUCUACGAGGCUUCGAAGAUACAACACCGCGUCCAGAGGACAGUACUCGCAAACGCGGAAGAUGCGAACGUGCUCGUCGACAUUCAGAGCUACGAGUCUCGAGAUCUUGAAGAAUCUCGCGGUGGGCACAGGAAAUAGCGGCAUGCAUUUCGUUAGGUGCAUACGCUCCGAUCUCGAGGACACUCCUCGUGGCUUCUAUCGAGAGGUCGUCAAACAGCAGAUCAGAGCGCUAGCGGUUCUGGACACGGCGAAGGCCAGGCAACGCGGUUAUCCGUAUAGGAUACCUUUUCAAGAGUUCCUACGACGGUACAAAUUCCUAGCCUUCGAUUUCGACGAGACGGUCGAGAUGACGAAGGACAACUGCCGGCUGCUUCUGAUCAGAUUGAAGAUGGAGGGCUGGAUCAUUGGCAAGACCAAGGUCUUCUUGAAGUAUUACAAUGAAGAGUAUCUCUCGCGCUUAUACGAGACGCAAGUGAGAAAGAUCGUGAAAGUGCAGUGUAUGAUGCGCGCUUUCCUGGCGCGCAAGAACAUCGCCUCGAAGAUCAUCAGCAUCAAGAAAGACAUCGCUCUCAACAUUGUCGAUUGCACUGUUUCAGCGAGAAAAACGUCGAUCAAAGUGAAAAGUUCACUUUCGCAAGAUGAAGCGGCGUUAAUGAUACAGAAAGCGUACAGAGGACAUAUAGUGAGGAAAGAAAUCGGCCCACUGAUCAAGGGAGAGAUGAGCCAAGAGACGAAAGAUUUCAUCAAGUUUUACAGCAGUAGGUGGAGAUCGAAGAGCAUGUUUCAAGUUCUUCUGUGGUAUCGUGCAGCUCGUUAUCAAGACCUCGUGCAGUUGUCGCAGCAGGUUCACUUGUACAAUCAAUCGAUAGCAGCAGCUUUGGAGAAAGUGAAUAAACGUGUGGCUCUCGAGAAGAUCGAUCCAGGCGCUAAGGUGGAUGCUUACAUAAGCGAGGUGAGACCACCUGAGGUUCACAAACUACCCUUCAACUUGCAGCAAGAGCUGACGUACUUCGAUACGAGCUACAUGAACGACCCUUCAAAUGCGAAAAUGAAACGCGCAAGAUCUGUGUCGUCCACGAUGAGCGACGACGAGCACGAGCCCUGGGACGCACCGUUGCGCAGGCAAACUGUACCAUGGGCUAACAACAACGUUCUUACGAGAGACGUUCAGGUACAAACGACCAAUUCGCCGCACCGCAUGCCUCUUCAUCGCGCGUCGAUUGGCGGGGAGCAAAGCUUGAUCAACACUCCGUUCACCAGGGAUCCCAAUAUCCCGAUUCAAUGUCCACCGGAGAACCUGUCCCGCCGCAACAGCAACACUUCUGGUUAUCAAGCGCCUCUGAGCAAACGUGGCUUAGCGCAACCCCUUGAUUCGCAUAUUCCUUACUGCAAUAACAUCGACAACGCUGGACCUGCGUACUCUAAGAAACUACCACCGUUCAAUCCAACGCAGCCGUCGGUGAUGCGCAAUUUCAACGACUACGAGUCGAACCGAAACAGAAACGAUACCGACGGGGCGGAUUGGGAAUUCGAGGAUCAAGUCAACCGCAAUAGUAGUAAUAUUCGCGCAAAUCCCAUUAAGGAACUGGAGAUGAUCGGACGCAGAAAUAACAACAACGAGAACGACGACGAGCCUCCAUUCAACUUCCAGGCGAUGUUGCGGAAGACAUCACAUCAGCGCAAUUCGAUGAAGCGCAAUCCCGUGUAUGAAAGCGUUGUGCCGUCGAUGCCGGUGCUGGUUUAUCGUUGCGGCAGCGAAGAUGACAUAUACAGCUCGAAUGUCGUCUACAGAAGCGCCAAUCGCAAGGACUCACCGGAGUGGAGUCCGAAUGAGAUGAUCCUCAUGUCGGAAAAAUACGCGAAGCAGGACGCGUGGGACGAGGAACACGCCAACGACGGUGACAGCGUCACUACGGAGAUUGCACCGGGCAUUGUUGUCAAAGGUCGUGUGGCUGAAUUAUAAAGCAUCCAUGCGGAGACAUCGGCGUUGUGUCGCGAGGAUCAGUCAACUCCGACUAUGCUCGUUAGUCGUUAGUUUUCUCGGUAUUUGUCAUAUCUAAGAUUACGAUCUGAAAGAAGAAAGAUUGUUCGUCAGAGUUAGAGAAAAUCCCCAGCGCAAACGAUUCCUGGCGAAACUUGUAGUUUCGUCUACCGGUCGAUUAUUGAGUCGAAUGUUGAAUUCUAAAUUGAAGUCGAAUGUUGAAUGUUCUAAACGCGAAGAAGCACCAGCGAGGAAAUAGAGAAGUAUCGAUAUAAAACAAUUCCGAUGCAAUAAAGUGUUUGGAGCGAGUUAUUCUCCUCUCGUUAAUAUAAGAGAGGACAGUUAUCUCCUAAAAAUAGCCUAACUUGUUCGUUACGUGACUUUAAUUCAAUGUAACAGAUAAAAGUAUAAUAAUGUUGUUGAAGCAAUAUUACGGAGAACGUAUACGAGUAAAUUCACAAACACGUUUUAGACAAUAUAAAUAUUAUAGAUAUAUUUCUCUCUUCGUACAAAUUCUUAAAUUAAUACAAUUUUUAAUUAACAAACAAUAAAUUUUCGUCUCACGAUACGCCGGAGUAUGUUUCAUAUCAUCUUGGCUCGUAUCGGUGAUAUGAUGGCAAAAUUAUAUUUAAAUUAAGACGAUAAAAGAAAUCGCAUUGUGCAUUAUGUACAUACUGGCCAUGCUUAACAACUUAAGCAUACAAAAUAUAAAUAUAUGGAAUACGAAAUAUUCCACAUAUUUAUAUGAAAUAUAUAGAAUAUGAAAUAUAUAAAUAUAAGGAAAAAUAAUAGGCGCGAUGUUUCAAACAGUUAGUUCAGCAACGGGUGUAUACACACAUCACAGUAGUACAUAUAUAGUACGAAACAUAAAUCAUAUUACAUUUUGUCAUAUCUUUAUAUGUUCAAUGACGUAACAGUGCUCUCCGAUUUUUGACAAAGAAUUGGUCGAGGACAGAAAUUUUGACUCGAGAGUAAUAAAUAAUAAUAUAACG